AUGGUCCACGUCAUUGCCACGGCACCUGUUCCCAUUGGGUGGGGGGGCUCCUGCUCCCCUUGUCCCGCCCUCGAUAAAACCCCGCGCCUCCCGGAAUUUGGGGCCAUUUUUGUCCACGUGGAGUUGGGAGCGGGGCCACGGCCAGCAGAGCCACCAGAGCAGGCGGAAAAUCACCGUGAAGCACCUGGGAACCUUGCGGAGAGCCGCCGUUGCUGCCGCGGGGCCGCGCCACUGAUCAGUGAGUGUCGCUGCCGAGCUGAGAGAGCCGCGGUCCGCGCCAGGACAGUGUUUUGCGCCGGACUGAAAACGGGACCGCAAACUUCCCGAAGUAAGUCAGUGAAGUCUCCGCCACCCACAGGGAAGCAUGCAGUGCUUUCCCUGCAUGGGAUUGGAAGCGCAACUUUUCACGGCCACGGAGAGCCAAAGAACAGACACUUCCCAGGAGCGAGAACCUUGGUAGCAGCUUUGUUUGGAUAUAAACUGCUGUGUAAUGCAUCAAGAUCAACGGAUUUUCCUUCUUCCAGACUUCAUAUAACAGAAACAACAAUGAUUUACAGAAUACCAGGUAUUGCCAGCAGUUUGAGGGAGGUGUUGCUUCCCAUCUACUCAGCACUGGCGAGGCCACAGCCUGGAGUAUAUUGUCCUGUUCUGGGCUCACCUGUACAAGAGACACAUGGACAUAUUGAGGAGAGUCCAGUGAAGGGCCAGAAAGAUGCUUAAGGGACUGGAGCUCUUGUAUUUCCAGCUAGUGUGUAAGGUUACAAUUUACCCCUAGUCUAAUGGAAGAUAUUUCUAUUGUGGUUCUCAAUUCACAUUCUUCAUGUGAAUCAGGAAGCAUUCUGCAAAAAGAGAAGCCUCAAACCAUCUUAGUCUGGGAUGCUACCUUCCUAGAAGAGCUGACAGAUCUGGACAGAGCAUUAUGAUACAUGAAGUAUUACAAUCUGUUUUUUGUACCCAGACUGACUUGUUUGAAAUCUCCAUGUUCUUAGUUUGAAAUUUCCAACAUUUCCUAAAUGCACAUUUUGGCAAUGUGGGUUUAUUUUGGAGUUUGUAUACACAAAAAUCAUUUCACAAAUGUUAUUAUCACAAUGUAAUGCUGUCCUAGAUUGCAAGGCAAGAUGUAUUCAAUUGCCAUCUGUUAGAGGUGUGGCAGUUACCUUCUCUUAAUUCGACAGUUUUCUUUAUCUCUUCCACAAACCAAUCCUCCCUCCUGGGGAGACAUCUGCUGUUAAUGGCCUAUUGAAUUUCACUGCAUGACUGAUAAAAGUUGCAGCAUCCCAUUGUGAGGUGCUCUGCCCAGAGGGAGGAGCCAAGCAUUUCUACCUGGAUAUAAUAUUGAGUUUCUGGAACACCAGCACGGCUUUUUCUGCACUGGAUUUCCCAGAGGAACAGCUGCCUCUUCCACUGCAGGAAGACUACACCCUUUUCUACAGGAUCACUACUCCAACAGAAUCACACCUCCAGGAGGACUCCAGGAGGUGGAACCUCCAGAAUCACACUCCAGGAGGACUGCAGCCAUAGUUCCCAAUUGGACUGCUGCCAACAACCUGACCAACGGUGUCAGGUUGUAUUCUGACUCUGUCAGUGUUGUUUUGGUUCACUGUAUUGUUUAUCUGCAUUGUUUAUUUUAUGUUUUUAUUUUCUUCCUUAAUAAAGAACUGUUA